AUGGCAGUAGUGAAAACCCCAAGUAGAGAGCUAAAGAAUGCGGAAGAAUCCAUUAGUAAGAUAUCACCCCUCCUCCUGAGGAGCCUACUGAAGCCCAAAAAAAGAACAGAGGUACCUAAUCAUCUCCUAGAAUCAAAGGUUUAUGCAAAACUUCUGAAUAAUAAGGUCAUACAGGCAAAACCAGGCAUAUUGCACUUUGGAGGCUAUCAAGUAGGAAAACAACACCAACAGACUCUGAAUCUCGUCAAUAUUUCUGGUGAAGACAUAAAUGUUCAUAUUUUACCCCCACAGACCAAAUACUUUCAGAUCAAGUAUGUGAAAAAAGAACACCGCCUAGUCCCUGGCUUGUCCCUCAAGAUCACCAUUACGUUUUCUCCAGAUGAGUGGCGUUACUAUUAUGAUUGUAUCCGCAUCCACUGUAAAGGAGAUGACACCUUGCUUAUUCCCAUCCAUGCCUACCCUGUCAUGAAUACAUUGGAUUUUCCAUCAUUUAUAAGCCUCUCAAAUGUCCUACUAGGGGAAAGCAAGAAGUAUGUUAUUCCUUUGCAGUGCAGCUGCCCUGUAGAUUUUGAGUUUCAUAUGGCUUUGAUUCAGGUACAUCAAGCCUUUACUGUUGAACCAACAUCAGGAAUCAUUCCGGCUAAUGGGAAGAUGAAUGUGACGAUCAAGUUUACACCAUUUCAGUAUGGAACUGCACAGAUCAAAGUGCAGUUAUGGAUUUCACAGUUCAACUCUCAACCUUACGAAUGCGUAUUAACUGGGACAUGCUACCCCAGCAAGGCUUUAAAAUUAGAAGAAUUUGAAAGAUUAAAUACUCUUUCUAAGAAAGUAAACGUUCCUCCAGAAAAGAUGGCAACGCAUAUAAAUUUUCAUAGACUACCAGGAAAGGCAAAGCCUCAAAAGAUUAAGGAGAUUGAAUACCAGAACUUGAGAUUCCCAGUAGAUUUAUCAAAUCCAUUUGCUGUGGCAACUGUUUUAAACCAAGAACCAGGAAAACUGAAGAUCAAAAAAUUAAGAGAAGUUUUGUACCAAGGCAAUGAGAUUUCAAAGACAAGACAAAUAAAGGAAGCUCUUUUUGAACAGAAGGUCAGACAAGAGACUAAAGAAGAAAUUGAAAACCACCUUAAGUGGCAGGUGUACCUUGGUAAAGAUCCCAUAUCUUUUAAAUUAAGAAGAGAGCUUAUUGAAGAACAUCAAAGAGCGUGCACAAAAUAUCAGUUAGAUAGAGGAGAUCCCGUUGUGAAUGACGAAUUUCAGCGACUCAAGACAGAAGUUAGCCACAAACGGAUCAUUCGAAAUCUAGAAAAUAAAACCAAGGAAUUCCAUCCUAAUUUUGAUCCACUCAUUAAUAAUACUUGGGCCAGCAGGUUCAGGACACUAAGGCGUUUUCAACAAGCAGCCCGCAAGGUCAUGGUUCAGCAACGAUUACUCAAUAUGCUGGGAUUUGUUCGUGAAAUGGACAGAGAGGCCAUACUGAGGAAGUUCGGUCAUCAGAAAGAACCGGUGUCAGAAGAGAGUCCCACCAAAUACCUCUUUCUGCCUGGGAUGAGUCAAAAUGAUUAUUCUGCCCAGUUCUCUGUAGUACCCAGCAAUGUGCUACCCUUCACCUUCCCAUCCUACAGUCCUCCUCAGACCUCCAACGAGUUGGCUCCGGAUGGCCUUGGACUGGUCCCAAUAAAGCCUUCAGAAUUUCAAAUCAAGCAGUCUUAUUCCUUCCUCAGUUUGCAGGUUCCUCAACAGUACAAACUCAUGGGCUACCAACCCUUCUCUGUCCAGGAGUCUUCAACAAGUUAUAAACCUGAGAAGCUUGCUCGAACCCUGAAGCAGGGGGCUGAGGAUGAAGUCACCACCAUCGUAGCUCUUCCAAAACAGGACUCUACACCUCAGCUCUCAAACAAGACCUCAGUCUUGAACAUGAAGCCCCCAGAAGCCUUGGCCAAGUCUCCAGAGUAUAAUCCACUUUAUGUUUUUAAUCCCAGCCCUGGAUUGUUCCCUGUGAUGCACCCUCUGACCUACCAAGAAACCAUAAUAGACUACCAUCUCUGCCCUCACCCCAAGUACAAGUUCACCAAAGAGCUCCAUGAUGGGUCCAGCAUUCCUCUCACCCAAAAGCAGUUUCUCCAUCACACGGACAUUAUCCCUGGCAUAAUGCACUGGAAGAAGUUCCAGCCACUGGUUCUGUCCUCUCUGCCCGACACUUCUAAGACAGAGACGUCGUGGAGCUCUGAUCCCUUCAACACAAUUAUGCUUCCAAUAGAUGUCCCUGCCAUUGUUCACAAUUUGCCAGAAGAAGACAAACUGGAAAUCACUGAACGUGAGCUCUGUGAACAGGAUAUAGAUGUUAUGUUGACUCCAGAAAUGAUCCAGGUGGAAUUUCCAAUGUUGGACCACAAAGACACCAAGAAGGAAAAAGAGGUGAAAGACCAAGCACACCUACCUGAGAAGACAGGAGAGAAGGUGUUUGAGGAGAUGAAGAACCUGCGUGGGAAGGCUCUCAACCCGUACCUGAUUCUAGACUAA